UAUGAGCGGGAGUGGCCCAUUGUUUUCUCGGAGUGAGACUGUUUUUUCUCUCUAGAUUCUUGUCUCUUGCAGGAGUAGUAAAUAGUGGGAGCGUAGUUUAUAUAAUGGGAUUAUUGUAAUAGUGAAUCCCUUUUGUUUUCUCUUUAGUACUAUUUUGCAUGGCUUUGGCACCAACUUCCUUCGUCACGCACCUCCACCUCCACCACCCCCCCACUCUCUCACUCACUUUCACUCUCUAAAUUAUCUCAUUUUCUUCCUCCAAAUUAUACGGGUUUUCGUCUUUUGGUGAAGCGAAGGAUUUGAUUUCUGUCGUCAUGGAAGAGUGGGAUCCUCAGAAGAUGCUGGACUUGUACAUCUACGAUUACCUGAUCAGAAAGAACUUGCACCUCACUGCCGAGACUUUUUCCAGGGAGGCUGGUGUUCAUCCCAAGUCCGUUGCUAUCGAUCCUCCUGAAGGAUUUCUGCAAGAGUGGUGGUCCUUGUUUUGGGAUUUAUACUCUGGUAAACUUAGGAAGCUUGCCCAGGAAGCACAGCCCUCCUCAUCAAAGGCGACUGAGAAUGCUGGAUAUGUGCCACAAAACGUUCAUCCUGUUGUGCCAAUGCCAGAUGUGAGUUAUAUGCUGCAGAACACCUGCCCUGCAGUGCUAAGGCCACCAUUUCCUCAUCCGCUACAAAAUGUCAGUCCACCCACAAUGCCAAGCCCAGAUAUGGGGUAUAUGCUACAAGAUGCUCUUUCAGCAAUGAUGGUCGGGACAGAACUCAACCCAAAUAGGUUUGGCCCUACUCUUAUUCCAGACAUCAAUAUGAAGCAGGACCAAAGUAUAACAAAUUUUAUGGCUGCAACAAUGCGUGAGCAAGACCAUCUUAGGCCUCCUGCCAGGGACCUUAAUUCUAACGCACUUGAUCAAUUAGCUUAUGUGCUGCCAUCUCCCAGUUCUAGCCAUGCUCAGAAGGCAGUUAAUAGUAAGCGACAGCUUUCUCUUAUCAGAGAUGACAACGUUGGUACUGGUUUAAGGGGAUCCACCAUUGGAGAGCCAACUCAUCCAUCAAAGCUAAUAAAAUACAACAUGGAACGGGCAGAUACUGGAAGGGGCAAAGUUGGCAAUAUUCCAUCACAGGGGUGUUCUUUAACGGGGGUUGGGUAUGCUGCUGACCAUUCUCCAGUAUCAAAUCAACAGAAACAAGUUUCAGCUUCAGCCCACUUUCAACAACAUUCUACUCCUGGGCUGGCAGCACAAGCAUCAGGAAAGCUGAUAAUAUCUGCCACUGAACAUUCAACCAAGCCAGGGAGUCCUGCUCUAGUUGUUGAUGUCUCAAAGGAGAAAGAUUUACAAGUUGGAAAGAAUGCAGAGAUGGAGAAACCAUUGGAUGAGGACAUUGAAUCUUUUUUUUCAAAUGAUGAAGCUCCAGAGGACAAGAGCACUUCUUUUGGGCGCACUUUCCUGCGAAGUUCUUCAGCUCACGAAACGAUUGACCAGCAAGGAUUUCCUUUUGAACAAGUUAGAAGUCUCCACCUAACUAAAAACAAGCUCUUAUGUUGUGAUUUUUCAACAUCGGGAAAGUUCUUUGCUGCUGCUGGGCACGAGAAGAAGGUGAUCAUUUGCAGCUUGAAACAACCAACCAGGCAUAGUAUCCUAGGCCAUUCACAACUCAUUACAGACAUUCGAUUCAAGCCAAAUUCAAACAUGUUUGCAACUUCUUCCUUUGACAGAAGCGUGAAGAUAUGGGAUGCAGCCAAUCCGGGAAGAGCACUUUUCAACUUUGUUGGACAUGCAGAACAUGUGAUGUCGGUGGACUUCCACCCAAGGAACCCCAAUCUCCUGUGCUCUUGUGAUAGUAAUGAUGAGAUCAGAUUAUGGAACGUCAAAGAAUCUGCAUGCUUUCACUCUUUCAAGGGAGCCAACCAACAGAUGAGAUUCCAACCUCGACAAGGCAACCUUUUGGCUGCCGCUUCAGGAAACAUCAUCCGUGUUUUCGAGGUGGAGACUGGCAUAAUCCACCACCGCUUUGAGGGACAUGCUAAAGAUGUCCGUUCGUUAUGCUGGGAUGUCUGUGGAGCAUACCUUGUCUCUGUCAGUGAAGACAGCGCACGUAUUUGGUCAGUUGCGUCAGGUGGAAAAUGCGUGCAUGAGUUGAAGUCGGGUGGAAACAAGUUUGCUUCAUGCACCUUCCAUCCCGCCUAUUCCCAGGUUGUGGCUGUGGGUUCCUAUCAGAACAUAGAUAUUUGGAACCCAACUAUGGGAAACAAGACAUGGAGCUAUCAAGCCCAUGAAGGUAUAAUCUCUGCUCUGGCAAAUGCUUCUGAGACUAAUAUGAUCGCCUCAGUCAGCCAUGAUCAGUGGAUCAAGCUCUGGAAGUAGAUGAAUUAUACUCUUCUGCUUAGUCAAAAUAUUACAACAUAAUUAAACAAGUGCUGUUUCAUCCUGGAAAAUAAACCAUAUAGAAAAAGACUGCAGUUAUUAAGGCACAAUGACUUUGGACCCUUAAAUAAGUGCCAAACAUAUUUGCUGUUUCUAUUUAUAUCAACAAUGAUGCCUAGUGUUUUAAAUGCAUGGAAACAUUCAGUUACUUUGUGUUAGAUUGACAAAAGGGGUUAUGGGAAAACAUGAUAACAUCUUAUCGGGUUCCCUACAAAAAUUGGAAAAUUGCCUCAUCUUCUGAAUGGCAACCAAAGGGGCUUAGGCAUUAUUAAGAGCAUUCUUGCUACAAAACUGUCUUCCCUUAGUAUUCUCUACCCGGCCAGUGCCAGUCGUAAUCUUCGCUGAUCAAUAGUCUGCUUCAGCUCUUCGGUUCCGUUUUAGACCCAAACCAGUAUUUUUCGUCACCUUAAAGUCACAAGAUAAACACCAUUGCCCAGAAAAUUUUCCAUUAUAAGCAGGCCCGUAUAUUUCUUCAUACGAUCUGGCAGUAUCUUUUUUUCUGAUUUAAGGGUCUCCGCCGAAUGUGGGCGGUGGAAUGAAGCCCUCAGGCGGUUCCAGGGGCCGAAUGAAGAUUUCUUCGGGGACUAAGGAGGCAUCGCCGAGAGUUAGCUUUGGGGGGUGGGACUUUUCGUAUUUUGAGGGAAUUGAUUUCGUGGCAGACAAAGGGAAGUUUGAGAUAGGAUAAAAAUAGUGUGACGGCGGAGGUGGUGGUGGUGGUGUUAGGGGGAGAGGGAGGAGAAGAGCAGCUGCCCUGCCAUGAACGUGUUUGAUCAGAGGUAUAGGCGGAGCAGGGCCCCGGAUUGUAGUUCGCCUUUGGGGCUAUUAGAAAAUUUUCUAGCCGAAAGAUACAUAAGCCCAACUUUGUCAGCAGGGACAAAAUUCAAAUACAAGACCCAAUUGAGCAUUGAAUAUGGGCCUACACCUGUCAUCAGUUUGUGGGCAGAGUAAGGCGAGCAAUUGAAUAAGUGGGCCUGGACCCUAACUCUUAGUGCGUGGACAUGACAUGCUGCCCCAGCAUCCGCCCACAAAGACGCGCGUCGUGGUCGGAGCUUUGCUUCGCCACAUAUUACCACCAGGUUCCCCACCGGAACAGGGAAAAAGUGGAGUGAAAUUAGAAAAUCGCCAUAGACAGAAGAAAGAGGGGUUUAACAAAAAGCGCAAUCCUGAAUCUAUGGAACAAACAUCGUCUCCUGAUGAGCCAAAGCCGCAGAUUCUCAAGCUCAAUUAUUCCUCCCAAUCAUCUCAGCAGCACGAGAACCCCAGAGAAUUAUUCACAACAGCAGAGGAAGGAGAGAGGCACAAGGACAAUGAGAGUGUAAGCGAAACAAUACAAAACCGGAGGAAUGGAGGGAAUGAAAGCAAAGGAUUCAGGGCGGAUCACGAGUGAAGACAUUAGUGUUUGGAUGUCGAUUGUUGAGACCAAACCAUCGUCUGCCUAAUCAGCUGGCGCUUCUGCUGCUGUGAAAGUUUUAGCGAUUCGGUAUGGAUAGGUCAUCGCUGGAUGCUGCAGAAUCUUUGGCAAUUCCAUCUUAAUUUAUCAACCUAGUAUGUUUCAUGAAGCAGGUUUUAUAUUUAUUUGUUAGGAAUAUUUAGUGCUUACAGGACAACUCAUCAGUAAGGCUAAAACAAGUAUGCAUCAAUUCAGAUUUUAAUUAAAGAUUUAUCCUUCAACUAUGGUUGCAGUUACUUUUUAAAUUA